CCGACCUCCUCCAGCUGCAAUCCCGAGCUCACGGAAAAUACAUUCCCCCCUCGCGGGAAAGUGGCAGAGCCCCGCACGUGAUCCGCGCUGAGGCGGCGGGUUGUUGCCGGUGUCUCCUAGCGACCGGGAACAUGGCGGAUGAGGAGAGUCACACUCCAGAGAUUUCUGAAAACUUGAAGCAAGAUCAAGAUGAACCAGAGAGUGUACAGGAGGAAGAAGCUACUGAGGAUGUGGCUGACGAAGGAGAACCCACGUCACUAGAUACUCAAAAUGUUCCAGAGGACACAGAAACAAAAGUGGAAGAAGCUACUGUGGAAAUUCUUGACGAUGAAGAUGAUAGACUGUCUAUUGAUGUUCCCAUAUUAUCACGUCCAGGAGAUAUACCGGCAGAUGCGGAAGGAAGUAAUGAAGAUAUGACUAAAGAAGAAGAACAGUCACCCACACAAGAAUCUGUCACUACAGUAAAUUUCGCCCUGUCUGAUACAGACACUGCACAAACAUAUAUGACGGUGCAAGAUGAAGUUGCCUUAGGGACUGCUGAAAUGCCACCAAGGAAUUUAAAUUUGACGGUUGAGCUAGUUGAUUCCCAACAGCCGAUCACUGUGGAAUCCCAAAGUUUAGCACUUGUUUGUCCAGAUACAUCAAAUAGAGGCCUUGAUAUAGAAUGUCGCCCCAUGGUAGAUGAGUCAAACGUUGAAGAAGAUUUGGAUACAGAUGAAGAACAAGCAGAAUUGAUUGUGCUUGACCCAGAUCAUCCUCUAAUGAAGCGCUUUCAGGAAGCCCUGAAGAACCAUCUUUCAAAGCAGUUGGACAAGUUAACUCUGGAGCUGAGGGAAGUGUCAUGGCGAAUGAAAAAGCUAACAACUGAACGCGAAGACACAGGAGUGAUUCUUUAUGGCAUACAACAAUCUCUUGCACAAAUGCAAAUGGAGCUUGAAAAAUAUGAUAGCCGUUGCUCAUUGGCUGCAGCAAAAAGAAGAAAGGUCGAGGAAGAUUUAGCAUGUGUAAAGAAUCUUUACCAAAUGCAACAAGCCAAAACAAAUAGUGAGCGCUCAAAAGUAUCUCAACUACAAACGGAUGUUGAAAAUAUUGCAUUGCGGCAUUUCUACAUGAACAGCUUACAACAGGAUACGUCUUCUGACAUUAUGGUGAUGAAGCGUGCCACAGAAAAGUUGGAGACUGAAAAAUUACAGGCAACAAAGCUGAAACAGAAGCAGGACAUGUUUGUAGACCGUUUGGUAACUCAAAUGGAUGCAUUGCGAGAACAAAUUGCGAUGUAUGAUGCCCAGUACUUAGCGCAAGCAGAAGAAACAAAAGCAGCAAAAUAUACAGUGGCAGAGGCCAGCACAGAAAUUGUGGCAAUUAACCUUGAGAAGAAGCAAUUAUUUGAGCAAUGGAAGAGUAGUCUAAUUGGAAUGCAGCGACGUGAUGCGGUCUAUGCUGCAAUGCAGGAAGCUGUCAGACAGGCAAAGCAACAGGUAGAAACACUGAGGACUGAAAUACAGGCCUAUAAAAAAUUUAUCGUGAAGCAAGAGGAACGGAAUGAGGCUCUCACUGUUGGUCUGAACAGAUUGUUGAAUGACGUUAAUAUGACCCAGAAACUGAUUAUGCAGAAUCUGGCGAAACAGGAAGGUUUAAAGCAGGAAUAUACCACCUACACUCGGACACUGCAGGAGACAGAACGUUUGUUCAACAAAGCCACAUUAGACCAGAACAUGCACCAAAAUGAUGUGAAUGUUCUGCGAAUACAAGCAGAAAGGGAAUAUGCAACAAAGGUGGAACUAGAAGACAAGAUUAUGGCAAAAUUGCAGAGUAAAUUAACCAUGAAUCAGGAACACAAUUACUUGAAAAAAAUGGCAAACAAGUUUCGAAUCCAAAAACGUCAACAGGAAAUUGAUUAUGCAAACUUAGAAAAUGAUUAUGCUCAGGUAAUGCUGGACAUAAAUGACAGAAAGGUGGAACUGAGCAUACUGGAGAAAUCUCGGGAUGACCAGAACAAUGAAUUGAAUGAGAAAAAUAACAUUAUCUCAAAUAGUGUAAAAGAGAUUGCAAAAAGAAUGCUUGUCAUUCAAAACAAACAGUCGGUUCUCAACAUGCAGAACAAGAAGAUUGUACAGUUGAUAGCAGAUAUGGGAGGACAUGAAAUGAGCCCUCAGGAACUUAGAAUCAAAACCUUGACGAUAAAGAUUGAGGAACAUAACAAAGAAAUUGAAUCACUGCAACAAUUUUGGCUUCGACAACAGCACGAGCUGGUCAUGCUGACCCAAGAAAGGGAACAGCAAAUGGCCAACGUGGAACUGCAGAGGAAGCAAGUCACUAUUCUUGAACAAAAGAAAAUCCGCACUGAAAAUAUGAUACAACAGGGACUAAAUGCAAGGAAGGACAUUGAACGUCACCUAGGGGUUCUGUCCAAUGAUAUGGUGAAGCUCAACACACUUUUAACAAAGAACAGUUCCCUAAAGGAUGUACUUGAGAAUAUGAAUGUAUUCAUGGAAAACGAAUUUGUAAAAUCAUUGAAGGAUGCAGAGCGACAAUCUAUUGCAAAACAACAGUAUCUGGACCAGCUGAAAGAGGAGAAAGAGCGACAGCUUAACAGUCUUGUGGAAGCAGAGCGUCAAAUUAUGCUGUGGGAGAAGAAAAUACAGUUGGCGAAAGAGGCAAAAACAGCUGUUGACUCGGAGAUUGGACAGGGUGAGAUGCGAGCCAUGAAGGCUGAAAUUCAUAGGAUGGAAAUACGUCACAAUCAGAUUAUGAGACUGCAAGAACAAAUGAUUCGUGACAUGGAGGCUACUGUUUCACGCAGAGAGACAAUUUUGACACGCGGGGAAGCACAGGCAAGUGUGGACAAGAAGCACGCGACUCGGAAUGAUUAUCGUAACAAGAUACAGGACCUGUGCAAGAAAAUUGCUGAUGUGCAAAAGAAUAUUGAAGAGUUUGACAAAACUAUUCAAGAGUUGAGGACAUCGCAGAGAACUUUGUAUGAGAAUUUGGGUGGAAAGCAGUGUGAGAUUCAAAAUAAUAAAUCUUCAAUCAAUCUUCUUGAUGCAAGCAUUGAAUCUCUACAAGAAAAGAAAGGAGUGAAUCUGAACACGAUAGUGACUUUUCAGACUCGCCUCAAACACCUCCAGGCUGUGAAAGAAGGAAAGUACGUAAAACAGUGCAGAUCUGAAGAAGCACUGAGAAGCGAACUACAGAAACAAGUGAAACGAAUCCACACCAUCGACACUAUCGUUGACCGUGUCAAGGAGGAGUGGCCCCAAUACCAGGGAGUGCUUCGUAAAGUGACUCUUGUAUUAGUUACACGACGCACAUUACAGGAAUGACUUUCAUAAAGAGAUACUCAGAAAUUAUAGCGAACUAGAUGGUGGAAAGAACUAAUGUAAUAAACAAUCAAAAUUUGAUAAUUCAGUACCCCAUUAUAUGUCAAUUACUAAGGCCAAAUGGGGGCUUGUUGACAGAGUGUUUCUGAAGAAAUAUCUGAAAUAAUUUUCUUGUGAAAGUGCAAAUGUAUGCUGGUGUGAAUUCAUAUUUUCAAAUAAAAAGAUUUAAUUUAAUGAUGAUUUAAUCAUUUUAAAUAAUUUAAUCAGUCAAAUUAAAAAGCAUUUAAUGUUUGAGUACAAACUGAUAUAGACAUAGAACCACAGGAGGGAUCGUAAUCUGAAAUUUAAUCAAUUGCGAAGUGCUUAUGAAAUACACACAAAAAAGGAGACGGGGUGGGAAGAUAGAUAUGAUUCAAAAUAUAAGUAGACAAAUAGGAAAAAUGUAUGAAUGUGCUGUGAAAUAAAUAUUUGAUUUCUUUAGAGGUUCAAAGAAUUGCAUUCAUUGAUUGAUUAUUUUAGUAUUAAAAAGUACAAGUUAACGUGCUAUAUUUAAUUUAGUAAAUUGUGUAUCAAAAGUUGUUGAUCAUUCUCUGUUAAACAGUUGGCUCAAAAUUGAACAAAAAUAAACUAGAUGAGCAGACAUGAAUAAUAAUUAUAAUUGACCAAGAGAAAGCUGCUAAAAAUAUUCUCAGGAAUAUUGAGAGAAGAAAAGGUGAGUCAUAAAGCCAAAUAAUCCUUUUUAUAAAUAAAAACAUUUUCACAAACUGCUCUGGAAUGCCAAAUACAUACAGUUAAACAUUAGCGUCAAAGUGUCUACAAGAGGAAACAAAAAAAUAAUUGAAUUUCAUUUCAAAUCACAAUAUUAGAUGGGGAUAACCAUCUUAUUUUUGAAAGUGUGCUGUUUUGAAUAGCAUGAAAUAAGCAUUUUGUCCACGUGUGCAUUACAUAAAGAUGGCAUACACCACUGUUGCCUUGUGUUUCAACUUCGUAGGCCCUCCCCAGUCAAGCCUGGGCGAUGUCAUAUGGAGGACAGGCUGUUGCCCAUGCAGCACGUCCCCCCUUUUCACGUCGUUGAUCGAUCCGAAGGAACAGCAGGGCCGUUACAGUUUGGCACCAGCGCCGUCGCAGGAGCUGCCAGAGCGAGGUUGUAGAUAACGAUGAAUUGCCUUAGGGGCUCUGACUCCA